AUGAAUACUAGUGAAUGGUCCACCACUGAUCCGUUUGCUACUAGCAUACAUCAACGUUAUCCAAUGCGUCAUCAAGCCGGCAAUGGUUAUGUAAAAAAUUUAAUUGAAAAAGGUCUACAAAAAUGGUCUGAUGCUGCUGAACGUUAUGCUAAUGAAAAAAUGUAUACACCUUAUGCAUAUAAUUAUAAUGGAGGUUAUGGAGGAUACAUUCGAUAG